AUGUCUAUCUCAUCAGAGAAUAAUUACACGAUCAUUCCCUGCGGGGAACGGAUAUUCUACCUCUACCACCGUCUUGGAAUCCAGUCGAAUGUGAUUGUUACUGCCACAUACGACAAUCCUCACGAGCUGCUCGAUGAGGCUCUUGUGUUGAACGCCCUCCGUCAGGUGGUGGAAGCACAUCCUAUGAUGAGAAUGGUAGGCGUGGUACAACCCUCCCCAAAGAAUAAAGACCGGCACACCCUCAAUAUUGCCAUGCUGCAUGAAAUUGAUUUGCGGAACUGCGUGGAGUUCGUGGACGAUCCAAAAGGGGUCGGCAUAACGCCUGCCUUACUUGAGCGUGCACACAAUGAAUGGGAACACACAUCCGACAUUCCACACCGACCACUGUUCAAAUUAUUCGUUGUUGGUAACCAGGAUGUCAUGCUAGUAUACCAUCAUAUGAUGGCCGAUGGGAUUUCCGGGUACGUCUUCCAUCGCGAGUUUCUAGCAGCUCUCAAUACGACCUCCCCUCCGCCAGAUUACAACAGCUCCCCGUCACACAUUGUCCGCUCGGAUCCUCAUCUGUCACACGUCCCCAAGGACUGGAGCUUGAUGCCAAACGAGAAUGCUUCUCGAGACAAGCGUUGGCAUCCCUCAUUAUUACAAAUCAUCUUGAACCAGUCCUCAUUCUUCUUGGCACAAAUCUUCUGCUCAAGUGGAUUCAUCUUCAGCAAACUGUCUUCGUCCAAGCCCUACUUAAAAUCGGUGACCAGAGUGGCAGACACCGCCAACAGAACAGUCACGGCGGUUAUAAGUGGCCGCAUAACCGCCCCUCAAAUCUCAACAAUUCUGGAUGCCUGUCGAAAACAGGGGACGACUUUCACCCCGCUUCUUAUGACCAUGCUGAUGCUGGUCAUGUCUACGGACUACAACUCCGACGCCCGCAUCGGUAGCACUCGCUUUGCAUUGGAUAUGCGACCUCAUCUACCACUCGCAGCAGAGGAACUUGGUGGUGGGACCAGACAUGGCACGAUCUUCAACUGCACAUCUGGCAUGGCUCGUGCUUCACGCAUACGAAAAUAUCGUAGCAUAGCCAAAGACCUAAGCAAACUUGAUAUUCGAAGCGAAAAGAGAGUAUACGACAUAGACGAGGAAAAGCUAUGGGAGCUCACCAGAAAAUACAAGCAGUGGAUGACCGCGCAGACCGAGCCGGCUGUGAGAGCAGUGCGCGCCAGCAUCAAUAUGAAUUCCGAUCUUGAGCAUGUCUUGCAUAGAAUUAUGCCAUUCGCCGGGACUGUACUCUCAAGUACAACCUUGGUUUCCAAUCUGGGGAUGUUCCGCCCCGGAGCCGCUGUCACUUCCUCAAGUCCAAGUUCAGGCGGCUCAGGUUGGAGUAUCUCUGAGGUUCAAUUCUCAGCAGCCGCUACAAAUGGCUUGCAGGGCAGCCAGGGGCCCAUUUUCAAUGUAUCUGGUUUGAAGGGCGGAGACACCAUUAUCAAUGCUGUGUUCGAAGAGAGCAUCAUAAGCAGAGACGAGGUUCAAGAAAUUCUUGACACAACAAUCGCGAAGCUCGUUGCCUUAGUUCCUUAA